CAAAAAUCUCCUCAAUAUCAAUAGAAAUCAAAUUAAAUUUUGUUUUCAAAGAGAUUCUCAUAGAGAGUCUCUGAUUAUUUUACUCGUGUGUCUAUUCUUAAUUAGAACAACUAUUUGAAUACGCUCGGGAAUUUUCGUAUCUUAAUUUUAUGAUAAGUUUACAAAAUCAAUUAAGAGAAUAUAUAUAUCAAACAAUAUUUUAUUAUUUGAUACUAUGUCCUCAAAAAAUUUAACUGGCAAUAAACGUAUCAUUCGGGACAGUUGCAUUGAUUUGCAUACAAAUGUGCAGUUGUGGCGUAGAAUUACUAUUAACAUGCAUUCCACAAUUUUAGCGAUAUCCCAAAUUAGACAGAAACAAUUGUCUGGAGAAGAGUUACACCCAGAAGAUAAACUAAAAGUGAAUACAUUUGAGGAAUUGUCGCUAAUGUCAAAUCAGUUGGAAGAAAAUCUAAAAAAUCUGGAAUCCAUUGUCAGCAAAAUGGAAAAAAAUAUGCAAAAGCUAAACGCUCUAUCUACACUUUCAAAAUCACAACUCUCUGAGAGUUCUUUUGAUUCUGAUGAAAUUCCGUUCCAGUCAUGGCCUUUGUCAAAGUUUUGUUCCAUGUCUGAAGAAAUAGAAGGAAUGUAUAAAGAAGAAUUGAAAACAAAGAUGAAUAUAUGUAGAGAACUAUGCAUAGUGCAAGAUCGAUCAACAUUAUGCUUUUUUGAAACCUGUUGGAAAUAUGAACCAAACAUUGACAAUCGUAAACUUAACAGUUUGCUAACUCAAGUCAUAUUUGAAUUGGAAUUACAAACACAACUGUAGGUCAUGAUUUAUUUUGCAUUCAUCUCCUGUGAUAAAUAUGUAAUUAAGUAAUAAAUUUAAAUAUUUUUAUUA